GAGCCUUCUCAGGAACAGAGGGCAUUGAUGAAGCCACUGACUGCUGUCACCUGAUGCAUGGCAGGCCUGUGCCCCUUCUACCGUUCCAAGCCUUCUUCACCUGCAUGUUUUAGAGUUUCAUACCUUGUAGCUGCCUUUUAGUUUGAGGAAACAGUGGAGAGAAAAGAUAAUCACCACAUUUAUCUAGACAGAUAAACAAGGGUCAAGUCUAGUUACCUCAUACCCUAGUGGAAGGCUCAUUAUGCAAUAUGAGUUAGGAAUUGUACUACUCAUUUGUUUUUCAUAGCUUAGUUAGCCAUGAUACAUGUGUUGUUCUUCAGUUUCAUCCUUUUAGUGCUGUAUUUUUACAAUUUUGAGAGGCUUCACUAAUGAUAUUUGGUCUUAUAUGAGAGGUAUAACCAUAUCAUUAACUGAGUGACUGCUUCUCUCCAUAGUCUGAUCUGAAUUUACUUGCCAUAUUGUAAGGCAUUGGCUGCCAUGACCUUAAUCUGUAUCCAAGAGUCUAUGAAGUGGAAAGCCCUAUGUAUAAGGGUGGAUUUUUUUUUUCUUUUUCUUUUUUUUCCAGGGCUGAGUACCGAACCCAGGGCCUUGUGCUCACCAGCUUCUCAGAGAAACUAUUUAGUGGAAAAGGCUUACAUUUCCAGCCAUCAUUUCUAGAUUUUGGCAUACAGUACCUGGGACACCCUGCAGCUAAGAUUCUCCAUGCAUACAACCCUAGCAGGGAGAGUGAGGUUGUGGUUAACUCAGUGUUUACAGCUGCUAGACAUUUUCAUGUGUCUCCUGUUCAUUGCAGGGUAAUUCCAGCAAUGGGGAAAACUUCCUUCAGAAUUAUUUUUUUCCCUACUGAAGAAGGAAGCAUUGAAAGUUCUUUAUUUAUUAAUACUUCUUCACAUGGAGUUCUUUCCUAUCAUGUAUCUGGUAUUGGCACUCGCAGAAUCUCUACUGAAGGGUCUACAGAGCAGCUGCCAAAUGCUUAUUUUCUGCUUCCACAGGUCCAGAGCAUUCAGCUUUCACAAACACAGGUAGAAACUACUAAUACUAGCCUCCUGCAGGUGCAGCUAGAAUGCAGUUUACAUAAUAAAGUGUGUCAACAGUUAAAGAGUUGUUACCUGGAAUCUGAUGAUGUCUUGCAAUUACAAAUGAGCAUAAUUGUAACAAUGGAAAACUCCUCAAAAGAAUUAGAAAAAAACACACAAGAUUUGCUAGAUCAUCUCUCUAUUGUAUAUGUAGCUACAGAUAAACCUGAGACCUCAGAUGAUUCUGCAGUAAAUAUGUAUGUAUUACAUUCAGGAAACAGCCUUAUAUGGAUACAGGAUGUUCAUCAUUUCUCCCAUAGAAAUGAUCUGUCUCUGCAGUUUGAACCCAUACUACUACCUACUUCCACAACAAACUUUACAAAAAUUGCCUCUUUUACUUGCAAAGCAGCUACAUCAUGUGAUGGUAAAGUUACAGAAGUUGUGAAGAAAAAAAACAUUCCAACACUAAACUCAUGUCUUGCCUCUCCAGUAAUUCAGGGGUAUUUCAGAGUGGAAACUUCUGCAGCCCAGUUUCUCCUACAGGGUCAUGAGAACUCAUCAAGGGGGUGGUCAAUAUGGUACCUCAACUAUUUUGACUAUGGUGUUGUAUUAAAGGAUGUGUUUGUUUCCAGGGAGACCAAACACAUUUUAAAGAUUCUGAAUUUCACUGGCCCUUUAUUUCUACCUCCAGGCUGUUGGAAUAUAUUUUCUUUGAAACUUGCUGUUAAAGACAUUACCAUAAAUCUGUUUACCAAUGUAUUUUUGACAACAAACAUAGGUGCCAUUUUUGCAAUACCUCUGCACAUUUUCUCAGCACCAACCAAGGAAGGGAGUCUGGGUUUUGAAGUGAUAGCACAUUGUGGCAUGCAUUAUUUCAUGGGAAAAUCAAAAGCAGAAAAUCCUAAUUGGGACAAGAGCCUUUCUCUGGACCAGUCUACCUGGAGCAUGGAUUCUGAACUUGCAAGUAAAUUGUAUGAACGAUGGAAGAAAUACAAAAAUGGUGAUGUCUGCAGGAGGAAUGUUUUAGGAGUGGCUCAGUUUGCUCAUUUGAAGAAAUCCAAGGAAUUGGAAUCCUUUGUUUCAUAUUUGCCGCGUUUAGUUGCAGAGCCUGGCCUUGUGAUAAACUUCAGCGCAACUGCCCUCAAGAGCAGUGUGGUGAAGUACUUCAUGGUGAGGAACCCAUCUUCUCUGCCAGUCUCCUUGCAGCUCCUACCUCUUUCCUUGUACCCAAAGCCCGAAGCUGCAGUGCGCCUGCUGCACAAAUGGUUUGGCACCGAUAUGCAGAUGGUUAAUUUCACAACUGGUGAAUUCCAGCUUACCAAAGCUUGCCCUUACCGGGCUGUGCAUUCUGAGGAAUCUAGGUUUGGCACCCUCCACUUGAAUUUGCAGCCUUUGGAAAUAAAAAGGAUUGGUGUAGUUUUCACACCAGCUGAUUAUGGAAAAGUUACCUCACUCAUACUAAUCCGGAAUAAUUUGACUGGUAUUGACAUGAUUGGUGUGGAAGGGCUUGGAGCAAGAGAGUUACUGAAAGUAGGCGGAAGACUUCCUGGCACAGGAGGUUCACUUCGAUUUAAGGUGCCCGAGUCUACGCUGAUGGACUGCCGUCGACUAGAACUGAAAGACAGCAAGCAGAUUUUAUCUAUUACAAAGAACUUUAAAGUGGAGAACAUUGGCCCUCUUCCUAUCACUGUGUCAUCAUUGAAAAUCAGUGGAUAUAAUUGCCAGGGCUAUGGAUUUGAAGUGCUAGACUGUCAUCAGUUUUCCUUGAGUCCAAAUACAUCCCGUGACAUUAGCAUUGUGUUUACUCCAGACUUUACCUCUUCCUGGGUCAUCCGUGAGCUGACACUGGUCACUGCAGCCAACCUGGAAUUCCACUUCACUCUCAACGUGACCCUACCCCAUCACCUGUUGCCCCUAUGUGCAGAUGUGGUUCCAGGGCCCAGCUGGGAGGAGUCCUUUUGGAGGCUUACAGUCUUCUUUGUCAGUUUGUCUCUGUUGGGCGUGAUUUUAAUAGCCUUCCAGCAAGCACAGUACAUUCUUAUGGAGUUCAUGAAAACAAGACAGAGGCAGCAUGCUAACUCAGCUUCACAGCAGAGCAGCAGUCCAAUGGAUGUAAUCAGCUCCCAUUCCCACAAAAGCAAUUGCAAGAACUUUCUCGACACAUACAGCCCUUCUGACAAAGGCAGAGGGAAAAGCUGCCUUCCUGUGAGCACACCGCAGAACAGGAGCCAGAAUGCAGCCAAGCGGAGCCCUGCCACCUGUGGCCAUUCUCAGAAAAAGCACAAGUGCUCUGUCUAUUACAGCAAACACAAAACCAGUACCACCACAGCCAUUAGUGCCAACACUACUACUGAGGAAAAGCAGACUUUGACCCUGGGCACACCCCUGUCUGCUGCUAAGGAGGACACUUGCACCAAUGUGGGUGAGAACUGGGUCAACCUUAAGUAUGCAAAUGGCAUGAACAUCAGUAUGCAGAAGAAUCUGACUCUGACCAGAAACUUAUUGAAUAAAGAGGAAAGCACACUUAAAGACACAAUUAUUGUCAAUAACACUUCUUCAGAAUGUAGUAUGAAGGAGGGAAUGCAGACAUGUAUGUUUCCUAAGGAAACUGACAUUAAAACAGAGAACGUGGAUGAGUUCAAGGAACAAGAGCUCUGUCCACUAAAAAACUCUAAGAAGCUACUUGAAAAUCCUUUGCCAAGAACCUCACCUCAGUAUCACCAGUCAGACUUGCCAGAAGUUUCCAGGAAACAUAAUGGGACUAACCAGCAAGUGCCUGUCAAGAAUGAAGUAGACACUUGUGAAACUUUGAAAAAACUUGAUACAAAGUCUCCUUCAGAAAAGAAGAUCUACAAAGUACCUAAAGAAGAUGUGUGUUCUGAGAAACAGGAUAUACCUUCAGUUGAGCAAGAAGAUUCUUACAGGAAAAAGAAACUUCAGGAGAAAAGAGAAGGAAAUGUACAAAAUCUAAACUGGAGUAAGAGCCGAACAUGUAGAAAAAACAAGAAAAAGGGCAUUGCUCAGGCCUCAAGGCCUACCGAACAGAGUGAGCUAAAACUUUUAUGCAAUGACUUUGGGAGAUCGGAGCUGAGUGGCGACAUGGAUGUAAGAAGCUGGUGUAUACAGGAAAACGCAGGAGAGGUUUGUAAGGUCGAUACAGAAGUGGCAAACAGCUCAUCAGUGCAGAGAGAGUCAGAGGGUUACUACCAGAAGCCAGAGAAGAAGCCUUCGGACAAGUUUUGCUUGGACUCCAGUUCUGAGAGUGGCAGCUCCUCGGGCAGUGUGCGUGCCAGCCGGGGUAGCUGGGGCAGCUGGAGCAGCAGUGGCAGCUCAGAGGGUGACAGGAAACCUGCCAUGGAUGGGCAGCACUUCCUGCCAUCUGGGGACAGUUUUUCCUCAAGUGACUUUCCUUCUGAGGCUCCCAUCUCCUUGAAACUUUCACAUCACAUCUGUAACCCCACAGAUGUGAGUAAUCUCCUGCCGUAUGCAGACCCUUCCUGUCCCAGCCUCCCUGCCGAGCCUUCAGGUGUUGAAGAAGAUAAAGGUCUUUACUCACCUGGAGACCUAUGGCCCCCCGAGCCAGUGUGUCUGUCUAACAGCUUCAGCUGCCCUGUGGAUAACAUGUCUGGUGUGAUGCAGGAGCCAGUCCAUAACAGCAGUUUCAUUGACUGGAAUGCAACUUGCGAAGGCCAGUUUCCCAAUGUGUACUGCCCGUUGGAACUGAAUGAUUACAAUGCCUUUCCAGAAGAAAACAUGAAUUACACCAAUGGCUUCCCUUGUCCUGCAGAAGCUCAAACUGACUUUAUCGACCACAACUCUCACUCUACCUGGAACACCCCACCCAACAUGCCCACUGCAUGGGGACAUGCCAGCUUCGUCAACUCUCAGCCCUACCUCACCAGUACCCGAAGCUUGUCUCCGAUGUCUGGACUUUUUGGUUCCAUCUGGGCCCCACAAAGUGAUGUGUAUGAAAAUUGCUGCCCCAUUAGUUCCACCACGGAACAUUCAACCCACAUGGAAAACCAGGCUGUCAUGUGUAAGGAGUACUACCCAGGGUUUAACCCAUUUCGUGCCUACAUGAACCUGGACAUAUGGACUUCCACAGCAAAUCGCAACGCGAACUUCCCACUGUCCAGAGACUCCAGCUACUGUGGGAAUGUGUGAAGAGAAUUGGAUUUUUAAACAAUGUGAAUAAAGAGGCUUGUGUUUUGAUUAAGAGUGUAAACUGGUUGUUAAGAUAGAUUACGACAUUGGCAGAUAUUUUGGCACUUUUAUAUGAAAAUAAAUUUUUUAAUGAAA